UACAGACUCCCUGUCACGUGACGCCACCACGUGACUGUGUCAAAGUUGAAAGUCAAACACAACACUGCAGCUCUUCUUCAGCAUGGCGGUGCAAGCAGGACACCGAGCCCUGCUGCAAGGUGUGUGCCGGCUGGUAGGAGCCUCCUCCGGCUGCAGAACACAUGUCUGCUCCGGUACCGGCUGGCUCUCUUCUCUCCCGGGGACACGACACUACAGCUCGGACCCGAAGGAGGACCUCCUAGUGAGGCACCUGGAGGGAGAGGACUCCGGUAUUGUUGUCGUUGGGAUAAAUCGACCAAAAGCAAAAAAUGCCAUUAGCAAGAAUCUGGUCAAUAUGAUGCUUGAGGCUGUGGAGGAUAUCAGGAAGAAUAGCAAGGUGCGCAGCGUCAUCAUCUGCAGUCUGGUUCCUGGGAUCUUUUGUGCAGGUGCAGAUCUGAAGGAGAGAGCCAAGAUGCAGCAGAGUGAAGUGGGACCGUUUGUGUCCAAAGCCAGAGCGCUGAUCACAGAGCUGGGUAACCUGCCAGUCCCAACGAUCGCUGCGAUCGAUGGAGCCGCCUUAGGAGGAGGCUUGGAAAUGGCGCUUGCCUGUGACAUCAGAAUAACCUCUAAUACUGCGAAAUUGGGUCUGGUUGAGACCAAGCUUGCGAUUAUUCCUGGAGCAGGCGGGACGCAGCGUCUCCCCCGGGCCAUCGGGGUCUCUCUGGCGAAGGAGCUGAUCUUCGCGGCGCGGGUGGUGGACGGAGCCGAGGCGUGUCGCCUGGGCCUCGCCAAUCACUCUGUGGAGCAGAACAAGGUGGGAGACGCCGCCUACCUGAGGGCUCUGGAGCUGGCCCGCGAGAUCAACCCUCAGGGUCCAAUUGCAGUAAGGAUGGCAAAACUGGCGAUCAACCAGGGGAUAGAGGUGGAUUUAUUAACAGGUCUCGCCAUUGAAGAAGCAUGCUACGCCCAGGUGAUCCCCACCAAAGACCGUCUGGAGGGUCUGGCUGCCUUCAGGGAGAAGAGGCGUCCUCAAUUCAAGGGCGAGUGAAGCCUCUCUGCCUCCAGAACGAACACAAAGUGCUGCAUCCGGAUCUCCUCCUACUCCACUGCUUCCAACACAUUUAUGGGUGAACCUGUCAGCACAUUAGCCUGUGCAGGACUCAGAGACUGCCUGCAGGGCAUCAGCGGCCCUUCAGGGGUCCUUCAGGGGCCCCUCCUGGUUCCUGAUCCAUGGCUCAGGUGUAACGCUGGGUGUGUCCAAUACAACCAGGCAAACUAACCAAUCAUUGGCCCCUGCUCACAAAAUGUACCUAACUAAUCCAAAACAUGACUUCAUACGGUUAUUCCUCUGUGCACUGUGACGGACAGGUGGUCCCUAACCUCUCUGACUAAUGAACCAAUUAAAGAGCCAUUUACAUUUCUAGGUUAUAGAUUUUUUUACUUAAAUAGAAAUGUAUAACUGUGUUCAAAACACUAUAUAACACCACAGGUUUCUGCAUGAAAUAUAACUAACUUCAACUCUGUCCAGAUGGAGCAAUAUAGGAUUUGCAAUGUUUGGAUUUCUUUAGUGCCUGUUGCUGUAGUAACAAAAACCCCAGUGUGACCCAUGAUGCAUUGGCUGAAAAUGAAAGGUGUUUAUAUAUAUAUAUAUAUCACUGACACAUGGGCCUAGUGUGUAGUACUAAUGAGUUCGUUAGAAAUAAUUCAGAUAAUUGGUUAAAUAAUUAAAACUUAGCUUUCAGUCUGUGACAUAAACCUGAAAUGUUGGUUAUCCUAAAUAUGACACAUGAUACUACUUUGGAAAAUAAGUACGAUUUAAAAAGCUCCAGGUCCACCGACACACUGUGAGGUGUGCAAGCUGCUCUUUCAGUAGAAUGGAUGCUUGUACUGAAAUCAUCUGCAUUACAUCUGGUUUAAAGCUAGUAAGUGGACCUUGAGAUUUUUUCCCCAAGACGUAUUUUAUAUUCUUGUUAUUUUAAGAGCCAACUUCUUUUAUCAAAGUGUCGAUGAAUGAAUCAGCCUCUGUGUAGAUGAUAUGUGAUGUAAAUAAAACUUGUGUCACACUGAAA